AUAGGAUGGAGUUGUGGAGGCUUGAUAAUCCGUCGCCAACACGCAGAGUGAGCAGCAGCGCGAAGCGCAGUAACUUGUUGCCUCUUGGUUUCCAGAAAGCCCCUCCUCGGAUAGCCCCCUCUGACUCUGAGCGUCACUUCGUUCAUUUGAGUUCAGUCCCCCUUCCUGAGCCCAAAUACACAUUCACUGUCCCGGCACACACAGACACACAAUCAAACACACGCACAGCCACACAGCGCCAGACGCCUUUGCAAAUAGUCCGCCUGCCGCUUCAAGCGUUACUUUUCUUUCCCAGGGACGCGCAAGAAGACCUCAUGGAUAAAUACAGUUUUUAAAGUUUUGCUUUGUGGAGUUCACAAAAGUGUCACUGCUUUUCGGGAGAUUCCUCUCUCUCCUCAGUGGCAUCUAAGCAACAGCCUCAGCACAGCUUCCCCUCUUGUGAGCGAAGAUGUAUCGGAGUGUGUAUGUGCCAGCGGGAUUGCUGGCUGUCCUUGUGUUUACACUUAUGGUGCCCAGGAGCCAGUCCUGUCCCAGGAGCUGUAACUGCUACCAGGCCAAUGAGGUCCACUGUACCUUCCGUUCACUGCUCACCGUACCUCCUGGCCUGCCUGCACACACACGCCGCAUAAACUUAGGGUUUAACAGCAUCAACAGGCUGCAUGACAGGUCUCUGGCUGGGCUAAAGAAGGUGGAGCUUCUGAUGCUCCACAGCAACGAUCUCCAUCAUCUUCCGGAGGGAGUGUUCAGAGAUUUGAAAUCACUGCAGAUACUAAAGCUAAGCUAUAACAAGCUGAGAGAGAUCGCUUCAUCUCUGACCUUCUCUGGCCUGACCUCACUGCUGCGCCUGUACUUAGAUCACAACCUCCUCCAGCACAUCCACCCCCGGGCCCUGCUCCAGCUGCCUAGCCUCAGGCUGCUACGUCUGCAGGGGAACAGACUGCAUCAGCUGCACCCUCACACCCUUUGUACUCUCUCCCUCCUGAAUACAUAUUACUUUUCUACACUCAGACACCUGGACCUCUCCAACAACAGCCUAGCCACUCUGCCCAAAGACACCUUAGCAACAGCGCCUCUGCUGGAGACUCUUGUGCUGCAUGCUAACCCAUGGAGCUGCGACUGUAGGAUGAACUGGUUUCUCAGCUGGACUCUGGCUCAUCCAGGAUUAAUGAAAUGUCCCGGUGGCCCUCAGUGUCCAGUCUGUGCCUCGCCCAAGUCGUUGCAAGAACAGGGCUUGCUUGAGCAGACUGCCCUGUUGUGCACUUCACCGGUCAUCCCCUCGCCAGGAAAGGAGACACCUUGGGAAACAGAAUUCAGUGAAAUCCAGUCAAGAGAGACCUUCAGAGAGCCUUUAGGCACUGUCUCUCUGGCUCUAUCUGACCACCAAGGGAACAGUGUUGAGCUGAGUUGCAACAUUACAUCUGACUCUCAGGAUAUUGCUCCUCCUCCAGAUCUCUCCUUGUCCUCCUCUUCUCCUCUUCCCCUUGCAUUGUCCCUCUCCCUGGAAUGCCCCGUGGAGAGGCAGAGCUACGAGAAACUUUGGAGGAUUCUGGCUUAUUACAGUGAGACUGCAGUUCGCCUCGAGAGGGAGAUCAUGCUGAGUAAAGCCCCGGCGUUGGCCUACCGCUAUAGGCAGACAGCAGAGACAGAUGGAUUUUAUCACACUGGAGUAAAAGCUUCUGUGAAAGCCAAACCGCAGUGGUUACUACAGUCAUCCAUUAGCAUUCAACUAAACAGAGCCCAGUCAAAUGGACAUAAAGUUCAACUUAUAUACUCAACGAGAGUUUCUGCUCAUCCUGAUCCUGCUUCUUCUCUCUCAGCAUCCUUGCCUGCUUCUCCCCCCUGGGUGCUGAUUUCAACUAAUCAUACUGCCCCGUCACUGGCAGCAGUAGCAGGCAGUAAGUUAGAGCUUUCCUGCCCUCUUCUCAGUUCUGGCAACCCCAGAGUAUGGUGGAUUCUCCCAGAUGGAUCCAAGCUCUCCCACUCCAGUAGUACCGAUGGUAGACUCCGGGCUUUAGCUUCUGGUUUACUUAUUAGGAAAGUAAAGCUCUCAGAUGCUGGGAUUUACUACUGUGUUGCCUCAGCUGGGAGGGAUGUAGACGUUCUACCCUUGCGUCUGACAGUGGAGGAGUCUUCUGUUCCACCGUCAGGAGAACAGGUGGCGCCUUCUAUCUCUGGAACAGUUGGGGAACCUGUCAGUCUCCCCUGCAAGGUAUCUGGUUCACCAGAACCUUAUAUGAGUUGGAUUUUGCCAGAUGGAAAUGUAAUACGUCGAGGACUGGCUGUAUCAGGUGGACUCACAAUAGAAUCAAAUGGUAGUCUGUCUUUGCCUAAACUCUCUCAAAGGGAUGCUGGUCAUUACCGCUGCAUUGCAGUCAACCCCUAUGGUAGUGACUCUCUGUCCAUGCAGCUGAUUUUAAAUUCAAAACACAUCCCUCCACUUAGGAAUUCAUUUCCUAGAGGGCCACAGUCAGCUGCUGGUCGCUCAACCAAGAUACGAGCUCCUUUAUUACGUGAGGUCGACGAAGGGUCAGGAAAUGGUGAUGAAGACGAAGAGCGGACUGUUGUUGGAAAUACAAAGCGCCCAAUACAGCAUCAACCACACCUCAACAGACGCUAUCCAGUUGGAAAUCCACGAAGGCGGGGUCCUGUGGGAGAAGGCCCCGUGAGAAGAGGCGGAGCACCUGUUUCAUCGAUAGACAACAGAAGAAACCGCUUUGAGAACAGGCAUAGAGUUACCACAAACAAACAAAGGCUAGACCCUCAGAAAUGGGCUGACCUCCUGGCUAAAAUACGUCAAAAGACUGGUCACACCGAUGACAGCCAAGCCACCACGACAGUUUUACCAGUAGGAGACAAAGAGAAAGACACAAGAGGACACGAGAGAGACAAUGAAGCAGAAAGAGGCCGGGCAGAGGUGGAAACAGAAAUUGAAGGGUCGUCAGUUGAUGAUGCUGAUCUGCAAGAGGAAGAGCUGCAGCCUAUUCAACCAGUCCUUACAGGAACAGGGACAAAAGCAAACACAGGCAUACACAGAGAGAUAGAGACAGAUACAGAAAGGUCAACAGAAAAACCGUCAGAAAUAGAGAAUGAGACAGAGCAACAUAUACAGACAGAAAAAGAAGGUCUGCAAACAGAGACAGCAGCAAACCCAACAACACAGACAGAGCCAAUCACGUCUAAUCCAACGUCAGGAGCAAAUGAAAUAGCCCUAGUCGGAGGAGGGGAAGGAGGAACUAGCCCCAGCCCACCCAGAACAAGGCCUCAGAGUCCUCGACAGAAUCUUUUCCCUAAUUUGAUUCCAAACUCAAAACCUCAAAGUCCUUGGAACUCGCGCAGGAGAAUCGGACAGAGGAGAAGAAUCAUCAACAGGCCCAGGGGGCGACCUCUGAACCCGUCCCCACCUCUCCCUAAACCCACAAACCCUAGGUCACGCACGGUGACACCUGACACUAACACAGAUCAAAUAAAUGUGCUGUUGCCGGUGUCAUCAACCACAUCUCCUGCUAUUUUGUUGACAACAACAGACCAGAUAAAGGCCACUCCAAAUGGGGUGUCUCUUGAUCCUGUCUUUCCCCCUCUUUCUAACAUCCCCACUUCAAAAUCAUCCGCACACUCAGUGACCCCCUCCCCCUCCCAUACAAACGCAUACACAGACAUGAUGACUCACUCAGACAGGACAACAGACACCGAAGAGAUGUCUCUUUUCAACAGACCAGCACCCACUCGCUCUGUUAUUGCAAUUUCAGAAACACGUGUGCCUCACACACACUCCAGCACACCUACACGUCACACACAGACACUGUCUCAAACAGUCUCAGGCCAACAUGUUGACAGAGACCCAGUGAAACACAGUGAAGAGGCCCACUCUUCAACCACCCGCUCUUCUGUUGCUUCCUCCGUCCCCAGUGCAUCUACAACUACUACUGUGAAAAAUACAACUACUUCAUCAACAGCUCUCAGAGGAGCUCUGUCUACUAGUUAUGCUGACAGCACAGAGAGUACAUCUACUACUAACAUGCCCACUCAACGCACACCUUCCGCAACAACUACAAUUACACCUUUGACUCCCACCAUGUCUGCCACAACUGCUGAUGUUAUUCCAACAUCUAGCACUACCAGGUACACGACAACUGCUCCUACCUCUACUGCUCCCAUUAUCACAACCCCUAUUCCUACAUCUACUACUACCACUAUCACAACCCCUAUUCCUACAUCUACUACUCUCACCACCACAACCACUAUUCCUACAUCUACUACUCUCCCCACCACAACCGUUUUUCCUACAUCUACUGCUCCCACUACUACUUCGACAAUUUCUACCACUACAUUUAGCUCAACCACUCAUAUUAGCAGUACAGUUAGUAGUACUACAGACUCAUUUUAUGACAUCCCCGGAACUCCUGACCUCCCUUCAACUUCUACAACUGAGUCUACAACUAUGCCAACCUCUUCAUCUACUCCUACGUCUGUCUCUACAUCUACGUCCACUACAACAGCUACUCCAUCCAGUACUACGACAACUACCAUUUCUGCCAAAAAUCCUCCGGCUAUUGCGAGGGCAGCUACACCAAGUACAGUUUCCAUCGCCACCACAACAACUGCAUCAACAACUACCAAAGCGUCAACCAGGCAGAGGCCACGCACUGGCCAAGUUGACCCCAGAUGGAGGCUCGUCCCUGGCGCUCCAAAUCAGAGUCGACCCCCUACCGACUGGAAGAACCCUGCAGCUAAUUCCAUUCCAGAUUCACACAGCAGCAGGUCUCACUGGUCUUCUCCCCCUGCCUCACCCCCUGUUGUUCCUGGGGCUCCAAAUGUGAGAUCCAGGCCAAGGAUUGCAGACCCACACAUCAGGACGGUGUCUUUCCCAGUAGAGGGUACUGCCAGGCUGACUUGUGAGGCUCAAGGAGAGCCUAAACCCUCCAUCACAUGGACCAAGGUCGCCACAGGGGCAGUGAUGUCAAUCCACUCCAGGGCUCAGCGUUUUGAGGUCUUGGCAAACGGCACCCUUGUUAUCCAGAAUGUUCAGCUGCAGGACAAGGGCACGUACAUCUGCAGCGCCCAGAGCUCCCUGGGUCGCGACAGGUUGCUAACUACUCUGGAAGUCUGGACCCGUCCCCCUCGUAUGCAGAUUGCUAGUUACAGAGAAACCACCAUUCAUCAGGGUGGAGGAAUGCACUUAGAAUGCCAAGCAGAAGGUGUUCCCACCCCACUGCUCUCUUGGGUUCUGCCCAAUCGCUCUGUCGUGACCUCCACUGCCCCCUCCACCGGUCGAAUCAGCAUGGAUACAAAUGGAACCCUUCAUAUCCCAGUAACUUUACCUAGUGAUCGGGGACUGUACCGUUGUGUGGCCUCCAACUCAGCAGGUGCUUCCAGUGCCUCUGUGCGUGUACACAUGUCCUCAUUGCCCCCGGUGAUGCAGCAACCCAGAGAGGAACACCUGCUCUUGUCUCCGGGGAGGCCUGUUUAUGCCCACUGCUCUGCCCGAGGCGCCCCACCACCAACCCUGCGUUGGCGAAUCCCAGAUGGGACACUGGUUCGCCCAUCCCAGUUUCUCCACGGCAACCUCUUUGUCUUGCCUAAUGGCACGCUGCAUAUUCGGAGCGCUGGGCCAAAGGACUCGGGGAGCUAUGAGUGCACAGCGAGUAAUGUUGUGGGGGCUGAUAAGAGAACAGUGAGGGUAGAAAUUAAAGGGGGAGCAGAAGAAGUAAGGAAGCAAGGAGAAGCAACAAACAAAGGGGCGAGAAUAGUUGCUACGGAAAAGCCAUCUCCUUCUUAUUCUCUCAUUAAAGACAAAACUUUGACCAUCCCAAGCCUCCCAUCAGGUCCAUUCACUUCCUCUAAAUCCUCCGCUCCACCUCACUCUGAUAUAUCCAGUACUUUGCAGCUCACACCAAGCUCUUCUCACUCCUCUAACUCAUCUCCUAAAAUCAACACAACGGUCUCUGCCUCCCCAACACACCCUACUAACAUCAACAAAACAAAACCUUCUUCUCUUUCCCCACUGUCCACUGUGCCAACAAAUAAAACCAAAGUGACACCCACUACAAACAGCACAAGGGUUAUAUCAUCAUCCCCCACUGACAGAAGACCGUCUGCUGUUUUACAUCCCUUACCUGUCUCCCCUUUCACUAAAGCCCGCAUUGUCUCUACAUCGCCCUCCAUCUCUGCUGUCCACUAUGGUGAGAUUUUGCAGCUCCACUGCUCUGUAACUGGCAACCCGGCCCCCAUCAUUAUCUGGAGGACCCCCAGCAGGAAGCUAGUGGACAUGCACUUCAGUUUUGACCGACAUCUGAAGGUGCAUCCUAAUGGAACCCUGUCAGUCCAGGCAGUAACAGAGAAGGAUGCUGGAGACUAUCUAUGUAUCGCACGGAACAAGGUUGCAGAUGAUUACCGUCUCCUGCGUGUCUCCGUUGCCACCAAGCCUGCCAAGAUUGAGCCAAAACAACCACUCAAUCAGAUGGUGUCAUUCGGCAAGCCACUCAAGGUGGACUGCCAGGCAUCAGGACUGCCUGACCCAGAUGUCCGGUGGAGCCUACCAGAUGGAACCAUGGUGAACAGUGUGUUGUAUGGGGAAGACAGAGCUGGCCGAGCACGACGACUGACUGUGUUUGACAACGGGACAUUAUUAGUUCCAGCAGUGGGAAUGGGAGAAGAAGGGGAAUAUACGUGUUACGCUGAGAAUCAAGGAGGUCAAGACACCAUGAAGGUCAAAGUAAAGGUUAUGAAUACAUCUCCACCAACCUUCACUGACAACAGAAGCUAUCAUGUGAUCAAAGUACGUCAGGGAGCGACCGCCACAAUUCCUUGCCCAGCCGCUGGAGAUCCCGCCCCUACAGUGACGUGGUUUUCCCCAGCACACCGUGUCAUCCCACAAAGCCUGGGAUCUGGCUAUUAUUCUCAGCGAGUGGUGGUGGUUUCACAUGGUACUCUGGAGGUACGCUUGGCUCAGAAGAUUGACGCAGGAAACUAUACGUGCCGAGCGAGCAACUCAGCAGGGGAAAGGAGAAAAGUGGUUGGCCUGGAGGUGGAGGCCCCCACCAGUGGAUACAGUGGCCAGGUGGGAGGCAGAGCCUGGAGUAUUAACAACGGGCCUGGCAGCAAUCUUGGCACUAGAUCAAGGGAUAACAUCAAUAACGGAGGCAUAAUCCAAUAUGGAUUUACUAGAGGUAUCACAAACAAGCUUGGCAGCAAUAAUGGUAGCAGCAGUAGCUAUAGUCAUAAUAAUGGCGUGAUAAGGAACAUUGUACCAAACACUGGCGUUAAUUUAGCAGCCAGUGGCUCUAAUCCUGGCCCUAGGAGUGGUAGUCAAAAUGGAUUUAACAAGCCUGUCAGUGGAAUUACAACACAACUAGGUAGCAGUGUAAUCAGUGUUGGGGUGAGUGGGCCAAGGAAUGUAGGAAUCAAAGCAGAUAAUACUGUUGUAAAUAGAAACGGACCUGGCAUUUUGAGUAGCAGUAGUAAUGGUGUGGGUAACAGUCACAGCACUGUUAGAGUGGACGGUGUUGAAAGGAAUCCCGGGACUAAUAACAAUAAUGAAGUCAGUGUAGGGAGGGCUAGUAAUGACGCUAAGACCAACAGAGACCAUGGCGGGUUUAGUAGUAUUACAAGAAAUGCUGGAGCCAGUACCAGUACAUUCAGAGGAAAUAGUAGGAGUAGCAAUCUAGGUGGGGUCGAUGACAGCAGAAGAAGCAGCGCUGGUUCAAGUAGUAAUACAGGUGCUAAAAAUUUUACCAACGCAGUUGUGGGUGUGGUAAGAACAGUGAAGCAGCGGGCAGUGAAAGGCCAAACUGUUCUUUUGCCAUGUCCCUCCCAUGGUUCCCCUCCCCCCCGUCUGGCCUGGCUUUUGCCUGGUAAUGGCAUGUUGCCAGCUCCUUACUAUGGCAGCAGACUCACUGUGCACCGAAAUGGUUCCUUAGAGCUGCGAGGCGUGCGGGCGAGUGAUGCCGGGACCUUGAUUUGCGUAGUGAAAAGUGACAGAGAAGAGAUUACAAUAAAAGUGGAGCUGGAGGUCUCAGAGCCACAGGAGGAGGCCAGGUCUCCACAUCGGGUCCCAGUAGUAGAAAGACCUGCGCAGAAAAUUGCUGCGGUGCCUAAUACAUUGGAUUCAGCUCAGUCUUUAAGCUCAAGGCCAGGGUCACAUGUACUGUUUCAUUCAAGAGUCCCAGUUACUGAAAAACCUCUGCAAAGGGCUCUAAGUGUGCCAGCUUCACCUCGCCCAGUCGGCCCUCCACCCUUACAGCCAGUAGUGAGCACUAGAGCAGCCAACUUGGUGAGCAUUAUUAAUGGAGAGACCCUUCGCCUGCCUUGCCCUGCACCUCAAACCCCUGGAUACACCCGGGGCUCUCUGUCAUGGACCAUGCCCAGUGGCAAGGUGCUCUCCAGGGGUGAGAGCGGAGACUCAGGUCGCUACUUUGUCCAAGAAGAUGGAGCACUAACAGUUCAACAGGCUUCUGUGUUCGACCGGGGCACCUACACCUGCAGAUCCUCUAGUUAUGACUCCUCCUCAGUUUCGGUGGUCACAGUUCCUGUCAUCGUCAUUGCCUACCCUCCUCGCAUCACAACAGGGCCAUCCCCUGUGACCUAUACUCGUCCUGGAGUUGCUGUGGAGCUGCCCUGCCUGACCAUAGCAACACCCCGUGCGACAGUUACCUGGGAAACACCAGACCUAACACAGCUGAGGGUAAUGGGUCAGCCUCGUAUUUAUGGAAACCGCUACCUUAGCCCUCAGGGUUCCUUAGUGAUACAGAAUCCGACAAGUAGGGACACAGGAUUUUACAGAUGCACCGCCAAAAAUGUAAUAGGAGUAGACACCAAGGCAACAUACCUGCAUGUUAUAUAACGGGGUGAACCACACGCAAACAAUAGAGACGCCAAGACUUUUUUUUUUGUACUGGUGAAUAACCUCUUGUUCUGAUCACACUAUGUGUCCCUCAUGCCCAAAGGAACUGCAAAGCUCUGAGCAGGAGCUACUGCGGAAUCUCAGAAAGGACGCUACUAAUAUACACCAUAUGCAUUUUCAUUUUAUAAUUAUGUUUGCCUUUUUUUCCCCCCUUUUUUUUUUUACAUCAGAAGUUGAGAGAUUCUUAGCAGAUACAGCAUUGUGAUUUUUUUUUAUGAUCUGAUUGCAUAAACAAAAUGUUUGUGUGUGAUCAGGAUUUCUUUAUGUAGGUGUACACCCCAUUUGUGCCUUGGGCCUAAAACCCAUUUGAAAUAGUACUGUUUGUGAUUGUUGCAAAAAUGCCCCUUAUGGCUUUUUUUCAGGGAAACAUCAACUCGAAGGAAAAAUGAAGAAUUAAAAUAUUAUUAUUUUUUUUGUAUACCAAGAAUUACCAUUCUGAAUAAUACAAACCAAUAAUAUAAUACAAACCAAAGGGUGCUAUUCUUUAUUAAUUUACUCAAUAUCUGUACACCAAAACUGAUCUACAGUGUAAUUUACAAUACUAUAUGUUGUUGAGUCACUGAAUAAUACAGACACCACACACCAUGGCAUCAUGAGGCUGUUUUUCAGAAACAUCCUCAUGUUUGAGGUCACUCUGUUAGAUCUGAUUGUAUUUUCAUAAAAUGCCACCUUGUCAAUGUUUCAAAUUGGGAUACAAAUAGACUUUAAAAUGUCAUUUUGACAUUUACAUUAGCUACUGUUGUAUUUUUAUAUACUAACCCCAUAUUACCAAAGGUUGGAUGUGUUGUUGCGGCACAUAUGUAGCAAGCAGUGACUUAAACUGGCAGCAGUAUAUGUGUUGUACUGCCAACGUGUUAAAUCAAAUCCUCGACAGACACGAUGACGGAGGACUUCAGCAUUAUGAAGAUCACCUUGUGACUUUUCUGUGGGAUCCAAACCUUGAGAAUACAUUGCCCCUGACGGUAUCCCACAGUCACAACAAUGGCCGCUCGAAGGACUGAUCUUCAUGAAUAUGUUGAUAUUGAAAGUUUUUUAUAAAUGUGUUUUUCAAGAUACUACCCGUAGCUUGUUCACAAAACUAGCAGUUUCUAUAUAUUUCCGUACAUCUUUAAUGUUUCCAUUGUUCAUUGUGUUGUUAAAUUAUUUGGGAGAAAUAUUAUGAUGUAUGUUCUACGUCUCACUAGCCAAUUGUGAAUGCUUGCUAUAUUUUUAACAGCUUCAUUUUAUAAAUAAAAAUGGAAGAGGACUGACA